AUGGCUCCCAGACAUCGCCGACCACCGCGAGAACUGGAAACACCGUCGGCCACAAUCAGAUACGAGCCGAUAGUCGAACCGGAGCCAUGGUUCUCAUGUAGCUGGGAUAUCGCCAUAAUUUUUCUGUUACUAGGAGGCACAGCUUUUGCUGUCGUUCUUCAUCUGUAUCUUUAUCCAACCGUAGACAAAAUUCAUCCACUUCCAAAUGUCGACUUGGAAAAUGCACCAUAUACUUGGGGAACCUAUCGACCUCACAUGUACUUUGGAUUGAGAACCAGAUCACCAGCAUCACCACUUUUUGGAAUGAUGUGGUAUGAACAGCCAGACACAAUUCAGAGGCCUCAUAUCAGGCAUUGGUGUAACCAAGAUGAUAGGCUUCCUGGAUAUUAUUGGUACGAAGCUGACGGUCGUACUUUUGGACGACAAAAUAUUUCUGAAACUCAUAAAGGUGUGAUUCAAACAGAUUGGAUCAAUGAAGCCAAUGGGUUUGCUGCACGAGUGAAACUAAAUAUGGCUCAAGGAAGAAGAUAUAAUGUCAUUCUGUAUUUGUCAGCACAAGAACUUUCGACUCGCUUCCGUCUUGGAAGACACCUGAAAGAUAUAUUCUACGGAUAUAAUGACCUUCUGGGUGCAUUUACGCUGAGCGUUAACUUGAAGGAUGGAACCAAGCUUCAUUCUUCUCAUUCUGCAAUGCUAACUGACGAAAGAAUACAAAUUGAUAAAUAUCAGGACUUCAUUGUAGACAAUACGCAAGCAAUAAACCCACAAAACCAGCCACUUCACUAUCUUCUGAACGAAAAGAAAAACUCUGACGAAGGAAAAUUCAUUGCAGUGCAACUGAAUCUAGGGAGCCAGGCUGAAUUCGAUAUUGUACUUCAAACCGAGAAGUUGAAAGCAAUGAAAUCAGAAGAAUUCAAUAAUAUUCUUCGCGGCCGAAGUUAUAAUUUCAAUAAAAAAUAUGAGAAUGCGUUUCAACUUUCUGGGAAGAACUACACCAACAAUCAGCAGAAAAUGGCGAAAGUUGCUUUGUCUAAUAUGCUGGGUUCCGUUGGUUACUGGUAUGGACACAAUCGUGUUUUUCACAAUAAUUUGUUACAUCCAUACGGUCCGCAUUCGUUCUUCUCUGCCGUUCCGUCUCGACCAUUUUUCCCACGUGGAUUCCUUUGGGAUGAAGGAUUCCAUCAAAUGUUAAUUCGUAAAAUGGAUCCAAAAAUGACUUUAGAAGUAAUUGUAUCGUGGAUGAACGCAAUGGAUACAUCAGGAUGGAUUCCAAGAGAAAUGAUUGUUGGAACUGAAGCGGAAGCAAAAGUUCCGGCAGAAUUUAUUCCACAAAAAUCAGAUGUUGCCAAUCCACCAACUCUAUUUUAUGUGAUGGAUAAACUCAUUCAUGACGAUAAGACUGUUGCCCGGUAUGCAGGAAUUUUGAAAUUGUUAUAUCCACGACUCGAGAAAUGGUUUACUUGGAUUCGAGUGACACAGGCUGGACCUACACGUAGUACAUUCAGAUGGAGAGGUCGUAAUUCCACUAUCCUCUCCGAGCUGAAUCCGAAAACCUUGUCAUCUGGAUUGGAUGACUUUCCGCGAGCAUCUCACCCGUCCGACAAUGAAUACCAUCUUGAUUUAAAAUGCUGGAUAGCUCUCGCUUCUCGGGUUUUGGCUCGUCUUGCUAAAUCCUAUGGAACAGAAGUUGAGUAUCAGAAAGCUUCAAAAGCCAUGGAGGAGCUCAAUAAUUUCGAUACACUUACAAAAGAUCAUUGGAGUGAAGAAUACCAAGGGUUCUAUGAUUACGGAAAACACAGUGUAGAUGUCGCGUUGGCUCCUGUCCCUGCUGCUAGUAGUCCUCGCCAAUUCGAAUAUCAAAGAGUGACGUCUCGUGCUCCAACGUAUCAAUUGGUUACAAAUGUUUUUGGCUACAACAAUUUGUUCCCAAUGAUGCUUAAAAUGAUCCCAUCAAAAUCGCCAGCCCUGAAGGCAAUGCUUGAUAAAAUCCACGAUCCAGAAGUAUUGUGGACGAAGUUUGGUCUUCGUUCCAUUUCCAGAAAGUCUCCCUAUUAUAUGGCGAAGAACACGGAACAUGAUCCACCAUAUUGGCGAGGAUAUAUUUGGAUUAACAUAAACUACAUGGUUUUGAGCUCUUUGCGACAUUAUGCCGAUCAACCUGGACCAUAUCAAGAACAAUCACUUACCAUUUUCAAUGAGUUGAGAGCAAACUUAGUUUCAAAUAUGGCAAUUCAAUUCCAAAAGACCGGAUUCCUUUGGGAAAAUUAUGACGAUCGAACCGGACAGGGACGCGGAUGUCAUCCCUUCACUGGAUGGUCUUCUUUGAUUCUGCUUAUUAUGAGUGACAACUUGGAUACCUAG